UCCUCACCAGUCGCUACCGAAUCGGCAGAAACCUAUCCGCCUGCCCGCGCCCUCCUCUCUCUCCCCCUCCUCUCACGACUUUCCGGCAAAACGAAACGGACUCACAUCGGCCGGAGCGCGCAACCGACUGACAGAGGAGAGCGAGUCGAGCGACGAAGUUUAGUGGCACUGUGGCCGAGAACAGCGGAACGCACGUUCACGCAACGCAUAUUUAUUAAGGACCCUCCCAGUGCGUCCCGUCGACGCGCCCCGCGGUUAUUUAUUUGUCUCUACGUUGUGCCUGUAACACGUGUGGGAGUAAGCCGUGGCGGCCACCGAGGAGGAAGUAAAGAGCACGAAGGAGAUACGAGUCCACGAUCUGUCGGCGUCGUCGUACGCAAGGGGGAGAGAGAGAGAAAUCGAUUCCCGGAGGCGAGAGAGAGAGGCGAGGAAAAUGUGUAGUGCGUGAGAAACUGUACCGAGAAACGGACCCCUCCUCUCUCUCUUCCUCGCAGCCGUCUCGUUCGCUGCGACUUUGCACGUACACGCGUGCACGCGCGCACACGCACACACGCCGCCGCGCGCACAUACGCUGUGCCGUCGUCGUCGUCGCGUUUCGCGACUCGUCGCGAGGUGAGUGAUCCGUCGCGUCUCGGGCCACCGUAACGAAGCGGCUCGUCGUCAUCGUCAUCCGAUUCGCCGCUGUGAAAAAGUGUUAAGUGUCCCCCCCGACUCCCGUCUCCGCGCCCCCCUUCCUCAUUCUCUGGCUAUCCUCUCGUCUUCUGCGGAGACCGGCGAGAUCCGCCGAGAGAGAGCGAGCACGUGGACAGGACACACAUCGAGCCGGAACGUUCCUCCGGAGGAACGCGAACGGGACUUUCGAAGUGCAGGCCGAGGGUGUGGUGGUCGUCGACCGGGCACCGUCGUCGUCAAGGCACUUGGUUGGUUCCUCUCUCUCUCUCUCUCAUCAUGGAUCUCCUCUGCUGCGAGACCACGGAGAACAAUUGCCGGGCCUACGCCGACCCGGCGCUGCUCGACGACGACAGGGUGCUGCAGAACCUCCUGCAGACCGAGGAACGAUACGCACCCAGCAGCUCGUACUUCGAGUGCGUGCAGAGGGACAUCUCGCCGCUCAUGCGCAAGAUCGUCGCCGAGUGGAUGUUGGAGGUAUGCGAAGAGCAGAAGUGCCAGGACGAGGUCUUUCCCCUGUCGAUGAACUACGUCGACAGGUUCCUGUCGAUCUGCCCGAUCAGGAAGUCGCAAUUGCAGCUGCUCGGCACCGCCUGUCUCCUACUGGCGUCGAAACUGCGCGAGACAUCGCCGCUCGCCGCCGAGGUUCUCGUUUUCUACACGGACAAUUCCAUCACUUUGGACGAUCUCUGGAGGUGGGAGCAGCUGGUCGUCUCGAAACUGAAAUGGGAAUUGUCUGCAGUGACGCCCGGCGACUUCCUCAUGCACAUCCUCAGCAGAUUGCCGAUGCCUAGCACUUGGGACACCGUGAUGGUCAGGAGGCACGCGCAGACCUUCAUCGCUCUCAGCGCGAGAGAAUACAAGUUUUCCAUGUACACGCCGAGCAUGAUCGCGGCGGCGAGCGUUGCGGCGGCGUUGCACGGACUCGACUGGACCGGGAAGACCGGCUACGGAUUAGCCGGUCUCUUAGACGAGCUCACCCGUAUCACUGCCAUCGAACAGGACUAUCUGCAGGGCUGCCUGGAGCAGAUCGAGGAGAUGGUUCAGGCGCACGUGGGUGCCGAGGUCGCCGCCGGAAGCGGGCAUCAGGUGACGAGCACCGGCAGCGGCCCGAGCGCGCCGCAGAGGCCGCUGGGGGACCAGAACACGAGCCAGGAAAAGAUACUGGAGCACGAGAAGGCGGGCACGCCGACCGAUGUCAGGGAUGUACAUUUUUGAAAACCGUAGCAGGGGGACACUCCGCAGGGGCCGACACACCGCCGGUGAGUCUGAGAGCUGAGGAAGAGGGAAUAGGCUCCAGCAGUGGCGGUGAGGAGGACGUGACCGACGGGCGGCCGAGGAAAAAGCGAAGGAGUGCCUCGGAGGAGAAAAGCGCGGUAGGUCCUCCCGAGAGCGGGAAACGUGCGGAUCCGCCGCCGCCCGAUCGUGCGGAAAGCGAAACUUCUCCCGAAGAAUCUCGAGACCGAGCCUAAUCGCUCGUCGAUCGAUUGCGUUCGAUUGGAAAGCCGGCCCCGUUGCGUCCCGUCGGCUCGCGAGGCUCCACAUCGCCGGCGGCACGAUUCGAAGCGCGGAGAUCGAUCUCCCGGCGCGAAUCCGACCGGGACGUGGCCGCGCCAAGGAGGAAUUUCGGCGUUCUCGGAACCACCUCGCGAGACGUGGCCGGGGCGUGUACGGUGCGCGUGUCCCGGCCUGUCGGGAGAGGGAUGCGCGGCGGGUAAAUUUUUGGUUGUUUUUUUUUUGUUUUUAUUCUUUCACACGCGCGUCGUCCGCACACGACGAGACGGCGUCUCCGAGAGUAUUAUGCAUUUAUUUGGCGUGCGCACUCGUACUAUACCCGUCGCCGACGCGCGAUUUUCGCGAACUACGUUUUCCGAAAGCGUUUUAAGAAGGUUUGUUUUGCCACGCGCUGCUUACGACGAUACGAAUAUUGUAAUCACAACGCGAUUCUGAUUUGAUUUCUAAUCGAGGGACGAGCGAUUCGAGUUGAUAGAGCGCGCGCGUCACGUGGUCGGUCACGUGAACGGCAGACGAUCGAAGAUGAACGGAAGGAGAGAGAGGAGACGAACGAUCGCCGCGAUUAAGGCGUGCUCGAGACGAUGCGAAAGAAACGUGGGCCGUGGACCACCGUGCGAGAGGGGUCCCCAUUGUGUCUGAAUCCGCGCCGUUCCGACGUGUGUCGCCCGUAGUUCGAGGAAAAAAAAGGAAAAGAGCAAGCGGGGAGGAAGGGGGAAAAAGGCGGGGAAAAGAGAAAGACAAAAAAAACGAUCGCAGGAAUCAAGAAGGCGUGCUGUUUGGGGGAAGGCAAUGCAAUACGCUUUACGCAUCGUAUAAUUUCGUAAUAGGAAUACAUACACUUAACUUGUCUUUUUUAGAACGAGGAAACUAAAGCGCUCCGUUAUGAUUAACACGAGAACACAGGGACGAUUUACAACGUAUGUUACGAGGGGGAGACUCGUCCCUCCGCGCGCGCGCGAGUACUAAAAAGAAAAAAAAAAAUUCACGUAGUCAUAUCGAGUCAUCUAGCGUUUUUGUACAUAGAUAUUACGCGUACGAAUAAAAAGAAAAUGAGAAUAUAUAUAUAUAUAUAUUAUAUUGAAAAAAAAA